AUGGGUCUUUGUGACAUUGGAGUGAAAGCAACAGAAACACUGAAGCUCUUUAUACGUACCUUGUUGGAUCGACCCGAUUUAGCAAACCAGGUCUGGUCUAUCUGUCUGCAAGAACGAGCAGACGAAAAACGAGACGAUGACACUGACUCCGAACAACUAUUUGCCUGUUGCUUCGAAGACUUCGAGACGCUGGAAGAGUACGAAGCAUUUGGAAGGCGCGAAACCACAGUUAGGAUACCGGACGAGACUCUGUUGGAUAGAUUUCUUGACUCCACGCGAAGAAUACCUGCUUUCGAUUCAGAGUCGGAGGAUCGUGAUUGGCACGACACAUGGCGCUUGGGGUUGGCGGAAGGCAGGGAUGACGCAGCGAUAGCUCUUCUCUUGACUUUAGUCCCCAAUCUCAAGCACCUAGAUAUCGAAUCUGCCCAGUCGACGUUCAAUCCAUAUUUGGGCAUGCUGAUUAAGCGAUUGCUCGGCGUUGCUUCAUGGGUCAAAGACGAAAAGAGUUCUACAGCCAAUGUCCCUGGCUUCAAACUUAUUGUCUCGAUGCCAUCACCCCAGGCAUCUUUGCCGUUCCUCUCGCAACUAGAAGACUUGACACUUCGUAAGGAGCAUUGGCCGGGCCGGGAUGAUAAUGAACUGUAUAUGCCCCUCAUGUUUGUUCCUACUCUCAAGUCUCUCAACCUCAUUGGCAUGUGCGACUUUUUCAAACAUGACCCCGCUGACUAUCAGAUGCCCCCAUUGAAUAAUCUGCAACACCUACGGGUUGAAGGUUUCAAUACAGACUCAUCGGGAUUGCUCAUUUUGAUGGAAAGUUGCAGUCAGUUGCAAUCAUUCGAGUAUAUACCAAGCAGGUUCGACUUCAUGCCUUAUUUUGGUCACGACUGGGUUGAAGCUCUGACGAAAAAAGCCAACGCUCUCAAGCGGUUGCGGUUGCAGUCGCACUUGCCGCUGCAGUUGGUUUUGCCUUCGGAUGGUGGUUGUCAAGAUGACACAGUUCACUUGGCCGAUGAGCUCAAUCUUCAAAGCUUCUCGAAGCUCGUUUCCUUGGAGAUAAGCCAGAUGAUAUUGCUUCCAGAGUCCGGUCCGCAGGAUGCAGAGCUCUCAGACUUGCUGCCGAAUUCGUUGGAAAGUCUGAUUGUGCGAGACGUUGAUGCCACAUCCACAACCUUGCUAUCGAAGUUUAUCGAANAAGAAGGCUCCAGAAACUUUCCUCGACUACGGUACAUUGAGCUUGUCGAGGCGGAGCAUUUUGCCAAGCUGUGUUCGAACAAUACUGAACCAUCAGAGAGCUCUGAUAUGGAUCAAAUGCAAUGGCCUGCUAUUCGCGCUCGGUUCAUUGAGAUGUGUCAGGAUGCCGGGAUUCGAUACAAGAUCUGGUCAGAGGCUGCAAAAUGGCGGGUGGAUGAGGGAAAAGAUUACAUGGACUGGCCAGAGGAUGUGAGGGCUCACUUCAGCGCGGGUGUUGAUCAGAUGAAGUCUUAG